UUUGAAAUGUGACAUAUGGAAGAUUUGUACCCAACUAAAAGAAAAAGUAAAUGGAGAUCUUUCUUCGAUAUAUUGAGAUGGAUACCGGUUAUGAUGGUAAUUGGCAUAAUUGUUUGGGCAACAUACAUCUACAUAAUAGACGUAUGCCGUUGGACAGAAGGAAGAACAGAGCAGUUCAAUUACCUUAUUGUCUUCGGAAUAAUUUUCUCGAUGAUUUAUUGGUCUUUCCUGAGAGUAAUAUGCACCAGAUCCUGCGGUGUACCUGAUGAGUUCAAAUUACCACCUAAUAUAUAUAGAAAAUUGGCGGAGGCAGAAUCCAUGAUGAUAUGUCACAGUAUAUUGAAGGAAUUUUCAAGGAACUUGCCUAUAAAAAAUAUAAAUCCAAACGGAUCGAUAAGAUAUUGUGAAAAAUGUAGGAAUAUUAAGCCUGACAGAUGCCACCAUUGUUCUUCCUGUCGGAAGUGCGUCUUGAAAAUGGAUCACCAUUGUCCCUGGAUAAAUAAUUGCGUAUCCUUCGGCAAUUAUAAGUUUUUUGUCCUCUUCCUUCUUUACACAAUAGUUGGUUGCGUAUAUGUGAUGUCGACCACUUAUGCUGACGGUUACAGAUUAUGGAAAAUUGGAGAACUUCACGGUGUUUGUUUUCAAAUCGUGUCCCUCUUCUUCAUGGCGCUCCUUUUAGGGUUCAGCACUAUCACUUUACUCUUCUACCAUUUCUAUCUCGUGUUGAAAAACCAGACUACUAUAGAGAGUAUGCGUAAGCCCCUUUUCAAGGCAAGUUUGAAUAUCAAAAGUUUCAAUAUUGGGUUGAAAAAUAACUUUUUCGAGGUAUUUGGACGAAAUCCAUUUCUUUGGUGUUUGCCCAUCUAUACAACAGAAGGAGACGGUGUAGAUUUCCCUGUCACUUUGAGGGAAUGUGAGGAAGAACCAUUAGUUUAAGCAUCAAUCAAGUAAGA